AGUCCCCGCGCGACCCACGAUCCGACCCAGGCGAGCAGGCCCCAGCGCCGAGCGCCAGAGAAGUGCGCGUGUCCACCAUGUGAGCCCGGUAAACAAACCCCCCUCGCGCCCCCAGCCCCCACCCGCGUCCGCGAACCUAACCUGUGCGCUCGUCUUCGGGAGUGAUCUGUGCUCGUGUGCUUUUGGAUUUGGAUUUCGCAUUCUCCCGCCUUUUGGAUUAACACUAAGGAAUUCUCGGUCAGUUUGCGUGGAAGCAGUGUGUUCGUCGUGCUUCAUAUCGCCCUUCAAAAUGAAGCCGUAGUGGAUGCGAAUAAUACUCAAAACGUCCGUUUUGGAUGCAGCGCUGGUUAGCCUAUAAAUCAAUGGAAUGGAAGUAUAAGUCUGCACCAUACGGGAAUGUGUUUGCUUACCUGCAAGCUGUCGUCAGUCCGCCCAGCUCGUUACAUCUCAAAUUGUCGGUUUACAGUGCGCUACUUGUGAAUAAGUCGCUCGGUUCGUCUCGUGGUCGUGGCGGCAGGCCAGUAGUUCUUGCUAAACCUUUAAGUGCCUCAAGAAAGUUUCUAAGAAAUAAAUAUAUAUUUGUUUAAUAUUCGUCGCGGUUUGAAGUUAUAAAAUUGAAGUGCGCGUCUUUUUUAUGUGUUCCGUAGCAUGACGUAAAGCUCUCUUAUCAGCACACUCUUUGAUGGUAUCAGGGUUGGAUGGUAUCGAUGUGUUCAUCGUAAUUACGUCAUAUUGACGGUGGGUUUAUCUCGAUCUUAAAUCUAAGUGCCCGUAUUAGACGGUUGAUGGAUAGCGAGGCUGGUGAAGAGAAAUGAGAAAACCAGUAGUUUUUUACGAAUUUGCAUCAGCUUCAUAAAAUGAAAUAGGUGCUAUCGUCCUUUCCCUCGUUUUUUUCUAAACGUCAUAAUCUUGAAAGCCUUUGAAGUAAAUUAGGAAGGAGGGAAAUUUCUGUUAAAUUUGAACGAUUACCUAACACUGCGAAAGGAACUUUAAGGUCCGUUCAAACCUUUAAAACAAUUUCUGAGUGUCAACUUUUGAAGAAAACACCUGUGUUGAGAUUGAAAAAUUGGCAAUUUUGAGGAGGAAUAAAAAGUCCGGUCAGCGUGGAGGAGCCUUUCUUAUGGUUAAAGCCGGUGCUUUCCUUGGAAAAUUGCCUAAUCCCUGAAAAAAAUUUCUGAGCCUCAUUUUUUGGCCAUUCUCCGGAGAAAACACCGGUGUUGGGAUCAAGGAAUUGGCAACUUUGAGGAAGAGUAAAAUAUAUAGUCAGUGUGGAGGCGUCUUUCUUUUGGUCAAAGGACCGUUUUUCGUUUGAAAAUGGCGCGCCUGGAGGCAUGGGACGAAAAUGCGGACCUCUGAACGGCGGGGCAACUCGGUGUAAGCGCUGCAACCCAAAGGCUACUCAUGAGUGAUAUCAACCCCGACGGCCUCUCACUCAGCGAUCAAGAAUCCAAUAUGGCGCGGGGUACGGACUCGGGCGCGUGCGCCUCAAAAACGCGGCAACGACGAAUGGGCAUCGUGUCCCAGACGCAGAAAAGCGCCGGCUCAGAGAAAAGCGCGGAGCCGGCCAAAGAGCAGGGCGAGGAGCAGCGGCCUCUCUACCGCUUCCCGUGCGUGGAGCGGCUCAUCCAGAAGUACUCGAUCAUGCUGGCGAGGCAGCACGAGAAGCAGGCCGCCGUCGACCAGCAAAUCCUCCGCCUCACGAGGUCCUCGGAGAACCUCUCCACGGACCCCCUGGACCCUCUGGACGAGGUCAUCGAAGAUGGGCUCAGCCUCAAGUCCACCCCUGACCUCGCCGACAUCAACUCCAAUCGGCAGGACAUCAAGCCCUUGACCGAACUGGACAGUAGCUCGACUCCAACCUCCAAAACUGUGCAUCCCUCGACGCAGCCCAGCGAUUUGACCAUUUUCGACAGCGCCAGGGCUGAAGACGCCUCAGGACAAACUGGCCGGGGCUCAGAUGCAGAGCAGCCUGAAAGAGUAGAAACUGGAGACUCUGAAAUCAGUCUCAAGAGAGGUAAGAGUUUCGAAUUGGACAGCCUCGACUUCCGAACCAGUCUCCCCGAUAACGCAAAUCGGGAGGGUGUAGAUACGACGGAAAGAAAAGGAGAUACCGUUGAAGGAUCUACUUGUGAUCCCAGUGCGGGGGUGGAUGUUCCGAAGGACGAUUCGAUGAAACGGGAAGAUUCCUCCGGGAGUGUCUCCUGUCUCGCGAGCAGCGACUCCAACUCGAAGUGCGACUCGUUCUCCGAGGAAGAGCUCCUGAGCCGCAAGCUGGCUUCCGGCUACCGGGCCCCGAAGAAACCCGAGUUGCCGUCGCCGGAGUCGGACACAGCGCCCUCUCGCGUGGCCUACCUGGAAGUGAAGCCCGUGGUGCGGAACAAGAAGCGACGCCGGCGCUCCUGGAACGGGCCCUCCGUGUCCUUCUCGCGACCCGGGGUCGUGUCCUCGGACCCGGCGCCCGAGCGUCGCUACGAGCGGAAGGGCCACAGCCUGGACCAGUCCAUCUACCGCACGCCUCAGCUGCGCAAGUUCUCCGAAUGGGACGCCUCCUGCGACGUCGGGAACCUGGACAGCGUCUUCUGCGGGUCUUGCUGCUCCGUGGAGCUGGGCCCCCGGCGGGAGUCGAACCUCAGCUCCGUCUUCACCGACGAGGACCCGGACGCCGAACCGGAGGCCCGCUACCAUUACCUCCGGACUCCCUCGGUCGUGGUGAGCGACCACUCGGACGACCCGUACUUCGCGAGCUCCACCAUCACGCUCGAGGAGAUCGAGCAGUUCCGCGCCGAGUACUCGCGGCAGCAGCACGAGUGCGGUUUCGGCGAGACGUCCUCGGAGUGUUCGGGCGCCAGCACGUGUUCGUUGAGGGCGUACGAUUGUGAUUGGCUGUCGCGGCGCAAGGCCUCCGAUUGCUCCACCUGCAGCACCCUCAGCGGCGACGACGACAGCAGCUGCGAGCAGAUUCUCCAGGAUAUACGACCGCAGGCAAAGCCCUCUGGAUGGAGGAAGUUACGAAAUAUAGUACAAUGGACACCUUUUUUUCAAACGUACAAAAAGCAGAGGUAUCCCUGGGUGCAGCUAGCCGGUCACCAAGGUAACUUCAAGGCCGGCCCUGAGCCCGGGACGAUCCUGAAAAAGUUGUGCCCCAAGGAACAACUUUGCUUCCAGGUCCUCAUGAAAGAUGUUCUCAGACCUUACGUUCCUGAAUAUAAAGGUCACAUCACUUGCGAUGAUGGUGAUUCAGUGUAUCUCCAACUACAAGACUUACUAGGCGAUUUUACCUCUCCGUGUGUCAUGGACUGCAAGAUAGGUGUCCGCACCUACCUCGAGGAGGAAUUGGCCAAAGCCAAAGAAAAACCUAAAUUAAGGAAAGACAUGUAUGAAAAAAUGAUUCAAAUUGACCCCAAUGCUCCCACAGAGGAAGAGCAUCGACUGAAAGGUGUCACAAAGCCUAGGUAUAUGGUGUGGCGAGAAACAAUUUCCUCAACUGCCACCUUAGGUUUUCGGAUAGAAGGUAUCAAGAAAAGUGACGGGAAGUCUAGUAAAGACUUCAAGACAACCAAGUCCAAAGAGCAGAUCAUUGAAGCGUUUCAAGAUUUCACUGCAGGAUUUCCUCAUGCUGUUCCUAAAUACAUUCAAAGGCUGAAGGCUAUUAGAGCCACUUUAGAAGUCUCAAAUUUUUUUACAACUCACGAGGUGAUAGGAAGCUCUUUACUUUUUGUACACGAUGAGCACAAUGCAAAUGUCUGGCUGAUCGACUUCGCCAAGACGAUCAUCUUGCCUCAUGAAACCAAGAUUGACCAUGCCUCCAAGUGGGUUGUCGGAAAUCACGAAGACGGCUAUCUAAUAGGAAUCAAUAAUCUCAUCGAUAUCUUCUCCGAGAUGAUGCAAAUAGAGCCGCCGCAAACAACACUUGUAGUCACUGCGCCUCAAGAUGUAACAUAGCAUUACAACUACUCAUAGACAUCGAGAGAUCCGAGGUUACUAUCGCUACCCUAAAGCAAUGCUACGUUGCUCCCUAGUGAGCUGGAAAUCCUAGUCCCUAGAAAUUUGUGCAAGCAAAUAUUGAAUUGUCUUAAUUCCCCCCCCCCUCCAAAUGGAGGAGCUUUAACUCCGGCAUAUGCUCACGUUUGCCAUGAAAUUAACAUUUUGUUGUCUGGACAGCCAGAACAGCUCAUAUUCCAAGUAGCGGCAACUGUUAAAAACACUUUUAAGAAAUUCAUUGAUACAUUAAUUUUCAGACAACUCAAAAAAAUCUGAUAAAAUCAAGUUUGAGGAAAUUAUUUUUGGGUAUUUUUCGCCGAUAGGUAAAAUUUGAGCAUAAAAAGUGUUGAAAAACUGCUAUAAGAUUUACUGCUAAAGAUUUAACACCAUAAAAAAUUUGAAUGAAGUAUGAAAAGAUUCUGAGAAAGUAAUAAUUUUUAUAUAGACUUUUUCAGGUAAUUUUUUCAGACAUUUAUUUCACAUAAAAAAUUAAGUACCCAAGAGGGUUUCCUGGAACAUAAUUUUAACAACUUUUUUAAGAGUUUUUGAAAAGUGAUCUUAAAUGAUCAUCGCUACUGAGGAUGGUAAUUACACGUAUCCACCACAAUACGAGUAUUUGUACCUUACAGACAUCUCAAGUUUAUAAUUUGUAAAAGUGAUUUCCAAAGUCAUUAAGGUCAUCAUGAGAGUAAGAGUGAGAGACCCAAAAGAAACAUAUGUAGUACAAAAACAUGUUUUGAGCCUUCGACGUCUAUCCCUGCUAGUAGGUAUGGUACCCAAGUAGUCAACAGUCCACUUAAAUGAUAACCUUUAAUAUUCAGCUUACUCAAUUCAUUGGUCUGAAAUUUGGGCUUGCUACAUUCACUCAAAUUCUAAUCAUCUCUACAAAUACCAAUACAGGUUUCAAAGUUUGACGAGUGAUGUGACGACUGAAUCACAUGACAACUUUCGAUGAAUAAAUCGAGGGCCUCCUUGUCCAAUUUAAAAUUGUAAAUAUAAGUGUAAAAAGUUAUUUCUUGAAUUUCUCUCCCGUACCCCUUUCUCUUUUGCACUUAUUUGAUCUGCUUUAAGAUUAUGUUCAGAGAUGUAGGUAUCUUGUAAGACGUGGUUACUAAAAGCUGAAAACUUUGUUGAGUCGCAUUCUUUUUCAUCCCAUCAUUUUGACAAUCCAUCCCAUCUGAUGUGAGUAUUUUAGCUCUUAGUGACAUGACAAGCACAUUAUUAAUGACAAUCCUUAAUGUGAGGAGAUGUAGAGGAGCCCUUGUCAGUUCAUGCAACUUUCCUCCAGACUUUUAGGAAUAAAUUUCAUUUUUUCGUUUUCUGAUGUGACUUGACAAAAGUCUUCAGUAAAUCUGUGUAAGAUAGAAAAAGAAAGGAAGUACAACCCACCCACAUUCUGUCGAAACUCCUACUUAGAUAAUUCAAUGAGAUAAAUUUUCUUUCCAACCCCUAAUUUAUGUUAGAUCUAAGUACUAACUUCAAAAAAAGAAAACAAAAUUGAAAAAUUAUUUGAGUUACGAGAGAGAGGUAUUGCGAGAACAAUUGUGCCGAUAAUCUUAUAGUCCUUUUUAGUUUUAAGAAUACGGAAAAAGAAGCUUUGAGAUGAGGCCUUAAUUUGGACGCACUUCUGUGAUUAUAAUGUGAAACAUGAUGUUAGUUAAGUGGUUCUACUUACUUACUCCCCUUGAGACUUACCUAUAUUAUUUGAAGUGCCCUCAAAAAAACACUAUGCUACGGAUAAUAUUCUUGUUGACUUAAGCAUAUCUGUUAUGAGCUUCCAGAUUCGAUUAAAAAAUUGGAGCAUUUUCGCCCACUACUUAGGAUUUAUUACCGUGCUUUUAGUCUUUCAAGUUCUCCUAACAACAAUUUGCACCUGAUGUGUUGGAAGGUACAAGAAAUAAAUGUGGGUUAGUUUAAAAAGUUUAAAAUUUUUCAGAAGUGCAUUUUUCUAUACCUACUUGUGCCUAACAUUUCCUGGCUGUGAAAAUGAUUUGAUUAAGUAAUCUCAAAACAUAUCACAAAUAAUUUUGUUUCUCUUUUCUGUAUUAUCAACUUACUGUCAGUAAGGAAAAAACCUCCUUGAACACAAUGUACUCGACAAAUAUUCGUUUCCAAAAUUGUCCUAAAUAAUCAGACAUGCACAGUAUUUUUAAUGCAACUAGACAUCCUGAAUUCAAUUUUUUUGUGUAAAAAUUUUCUUCCUUCGAAGGUUUGGAGUAUAAAACAAAAUCAUUUCAGAGGCGGAACAUUGAAAUUUCUAGACUCAAUUUAUACUUUUAAACAUUUUUGCGAGGGAUCGCAGUUCAUUUUAUCAUCUUGGGAUGAAAAUGGACCCUUUUAUUUAGCAGAAAAAAAUGUGAGUAUCUCCUAAACCACUGGUCGUACGGCCAAAUGGACGAAAUUUUCCAGCUCUCUUGUGGCUCUGGAUCUGGAUCAUUAAAGUUGCAAAAUUAAAACUGAAUUUACAGUAAGAACUUCUUUUCCUUCCUCUCCUCGUCAAUAUUUUUGUCUUAUUUAAUAGCAUUUACUUAAAUACGACUCCGUAUGAUCUCAGACCAAGGAUUUAUUUAUUUCUAUCUCUCUCGCUUAAAAGAGAGGGAAAAAACAUUCCAAAAUUUGCAAUAAAGUUUUACUGAUUCAUACUAUGGUAUUGUUCAUAGAAAAACAUGGAAAUUUAUCAUCUGUCGAUUUCUGCAUCAUUCUAAUAAUGACGGCAGAUCAAUAAUUAUAAUAAAAACAACUACAUAGUUUUAUUUCAUUUAAGGAAUUCUCUCUACCCUUAGCCAAUCUCACCAAAGCAGAAAUCUGCAGAACUGUUGAUGAAACAAGACAAUAUAAUAAAACAAGAUAAACAAAGACUCUCUCAAUUACUUCCCUGUGGAGAUCUAUGAUUAUCCAAUAUAAUUUAUUUCUGCACUUAAUCAACGAAACUCUGCACAUCCCAGCUUUGAUAGCUUUAUCCUGAGUCAAACAAGAUUUGUAGUGCCCAAAGAAAUCAUAACUUAAAGAUUGUUCCUUUUGCUUAGUUUUCCUUUUUCUCUCUCUUGACGUCCAACAGCUGUGACGUCAAAACGUAUGUAAAAUAUAUGCUCGGAAAAUGUUAUUUGUGCUGUGUUAAAAUUAUUUGUAACGAGAAAAAUAUUGUUAGUUGUUUCAUUAAUAAUUCAGUAUUAAAUUUUAAUAAUUGUUAAAUUUAGAUAUUUUAUUUAUUGUGUUUUUUACUGUAAAUGUUUUAGUGUAUAUUGUAUUUUUUAUCGUACUCAGCAAGCUUAGUCAAUUCUUGUUAUCAGUGGAUUAAUAACUCCACAUCAGUGGAUAACUGAAUCUCGAGCAAGUGGCAACCUGUGAUGUGCCUUAAUUGAAAUCUUUUACCAUGAUCCUGAUUAAUGAUGGUAUUCGUGGAGAAAAUUAACCCAUUUUUCACAAUGAUUAACAUCUCCCUCUAUCAAAAGUCAGAUUUCUGAAUUGAAUCAAUCAAAAUGUGUGAAUUUAAAACUGUAAACCUCUGCAAGAUAUCAUAAUUUUAGUCGCAAAUAGCUAGAAUUGGUUCAGUUAUGAAGUUCAUGUGAAGUUUACAAUUGUAUCAUGCUUUGUUUCACUCCACUCUUUUUACUGAUGAUGAAGUUCAUUCUAAAAUAUUGAAAAUCACUGCAAUAUCGAGAAUAAUUUUUCAUUAUGUAUGAAUAAUAAUGUGAUUUUAAUUUUCA